CUCUGAAGAAGCUUCAAAGGCUAUGAAUCUCAGAUUUCAGAUUGUUAAUAAGAGAGUUUGAUCAUGGAUUCAUGUUCACUGAAAUCCGUGUUCGAUUUGCCAUCACUUUUCCGUUCAAUUUUUAGUUUCAGGUACUUUAAUUCACUGCAGAGUGAAUGCUUCCCUGUUUGUUUCCUCUCCGAUGUAAACAUGGUUAUUUCAGCUCCUACUGGAAGUGGGAAAACUGUGCUCUUUGAGCUCUGCAUAUUGAGGCUUCUCUCAAGGUUUAUCACUAGGGAUGAAACGUUUGUCCAUAUAAAGGGAACACUAAAAACAAUCUACAUAGCCCCAUCCAAAGCUUUAGUGCAAGAGAAGCUGCGUGAUUGGAAUCAGAAGUUUGGUUCAUUGGGGUUAAAUUGCCUGGAGUUGACAGGUGAUAACGAAUCUUAUAGCAUAAGGAAAAUUCAAGAAGCAGAUAUUAUUGUAACGACUCCUGAGAAAUUUGAUGCUGUUACCCGGUACCGCAUAAAGGAUGGAGGCUUGAGCUUCUUCAGUGAUAUAGCACUUCUGCUUAUUGAUGAAGUUCACCUACUGAAUGAUCUGCGUGGGGCAGCUUUGGAGGCAAUAGUUAGCAGAAUAAAAAUGCUUGCUCGCAACCCAGAAAUGAAAUCAAGUCCUCUGGCAUCUGUUCGGUUUUUAGCUGCGUCAGCCACUAUUCCAAACAUUGAGGACCUUGCUGAAUGGCUUGAGGUCCCUGUCCAAGGAAUCAAAAGGUUUGGAGAAGAAAUGAGGCCUGUAAAGUUGACGACUAAAGUUUUUGGGUAUGCCGCUGCAAAAAAUGACUUCCUGUUCGAAAAGCGCCUCCAUAACUAUAUUUUUGAUAUUCUAAUGCAAUUUUCAAGAGGAAAAUCUGCUCUAGUUUUUUGCUCAACUAGAAAAGGAGCACAAGAAGCAGCACAACGCCUCUCUCAGACAGUAAUGACCUUUGGUUAUUCAAAUCCAUUUAUUAGAAGUCAUGAGCAACAGGAAAGGCUAAGAGAGGCUUCCCUGUCAUGCAGUGACAAACAAAUGCAAUCUUAUAUUCUUUAUGGAGUUGGUUAUCAUAAUGGUGGGCUUAGUCUUAAGGAUCGUAAUCUCAUUGAAAGUCUUUUUCUUAGUGGUGAUGUCCAAGUUCUGUGCACCACAAAUACUCUUGCCCAUGGAAUCAACCUACCAGCUCAUACAGUUGUAAUUAAGUCAACCCAACAUUUCAACAAGGAAAAAGGUCUUUACAUGGAAUAUGAUCGGUCAAUGGUACUACAGAUGUGUGGGAGAGCAGGUCGGCCACCAUUUGAUGAGACGGGGAUGGUUGUAAUCAUGACUAGAAGAGAAACAGUCCAUUUAUAUGAGAAUCUCUUGAAUGGAUGUGAAAUGGUAGAAUCACAGUUGCUCUCAUGUGUGACAGAACACUUAACUGCGGAAAUAGUUCAACUGACCAUCUCUGACAUCACAAAGGCAAUUGAGUGGAUGAAGUGCUCAUACUUAUAUGUGAGAAUGAAAAAGAAUCCUGAGAAUUAUGCAGUUAGAAAAGGGAUUCCAAGAGAUCGAAUAGAGAAGCAUAUGCAAGAGAUUUGUGUUAAAAAUGUUAAUGAGCUAUCAUACCACCAAAUGAUUCAGACUGAUGAAGAUGGUUUCAUAUUGAAGCCACAAGAGCCAGGUAGAUUGAUGACAAAGUACUAUCUGAAAUUUAACACCAUGAAACACAUUAUGCAAGCUCCACCUAGCUACAGUUUAGAAGAUGUACUACAGAUUAUAUCCCGUGCUGAGGAGAUUGCUUGGAUACAGCUCAGACGCAGUGAGAAGAAGCUUUUGAAUGACAUAAAUGCCGAUAAAGAUGGCCGCCUCCGGUUCCAUGUCAGUGGUGAUAGAGGGAAACGGAAAAAGCGCAUUCAAACAAGAGAAGAGAAGAUAUUUGUUUUGGCAAAUGACUGCUUAACUGGGGAUCCUUUGGUUCAUGAUUUAUCUAUGACCCAGGAUGCAAAUUCAAUAUGCGCAAAUGGGUGUAGGAUUGCUAAGUGUAUGAAAGAGUAUUUUAUAUACAAAAAGAACUAUAAAGGAGCCCUCAACUCGUCGCUUCUAGCAAAGUCAUUAUAUCAAAAACUCUGGGAUGACAGUCCUUACUUGCUGAAACAAUUACCUGGCAUUGGAAUGGUGACAGCGAAGGCACUCCAUUCAAUGGGAAUUAAAUCAUUUGAGACACUAGCUGAAGCUGAUCCAAGGAGGAUAGAGUUGGUUACUGGGCGAAAAUAUCCUUUUGGAAAUCAUAUCAAGGAGUCUCUAACGUCAUUGCCUCCUAAAGUUGACAUUAAGAUUGAGGUAAGUGAAUGCCAGAAGCAAGGAAAGUCCAAGUUAGCAGUAACAUUGACGAGGCUAUCACAAGGGGUCCAAUCAACUAAGCGACACUAUGCUGAUAUGAUUGUUGCUUCAGAAGAAGAAAACCUGAUCCUUUUUCAUGAGAAGAUAAGAAUGGAUGACUUUUUAAGCCCCUAUAGCACGACUAUCCUCGUGGCAAACCCCCUGGGAAAGAUGACUGUAAAGGCUGAUCUUAUAUUCGAAGAAUACAUUGGCGUUGAUCUCCAUGAAAAACUUCUGCCAAUUAACGAGAGCAAUUCAAAUGCGAAUAAUAAACGUGGAAAGGAACAGCCUCAGUUUUUUGCUCCACCUGAGGAAGUUCGUGUUGUGGACGAUGACAAUGCAGCCACAAAUCAAACUUUGGCUGAAGAACCUCCUGGUUUAGUUGAAUCUAAAAGGGAAAGCUCUUUAAUGCCGAGUUUCAAUCUCUUGGAUGAAGAAUUGGGAGAAGGAGAACCUGCUGCUGGAACUGAAAAAGACGACUGCGAAAUGAUCGUCGGGCAUACAAUAUUUGACCAUAUACGUGACAAAGCCAAGAGCUUCCCUCUGUUGACUCCAUUAAACAGUGCCUAUCCCCAAGCAUCUGGUGGCUUAAUUCUGACAAGAAAGCGCUCUCGCGACCAGCCCCUGGAAGAAAUAGAGAGAAGCAAAACUCAUCAACAUAUUGUGCUCGAUCCUUCCCCAGAAUCCAGAGAGCCAGAACAGAAUGUCCAUGGUAUCAACAACUACAUGACCAGAAAGCACCACAUAAACUCUGGGAGCUCAGUUACCAUUGAUCUCACGGAUGAGUCAGGUGAUCUUCCAUCUGAACCUGAAGUCCUCUCGUUCAAAACGUUGACUGAAGAAACAAUCUUUGAUCACAUACGGAAAAAAUCCAGGAAUUUUCCUGUGCUCAAUACGCCAAAGCCCGUUGAGUCCGAUUCUUUCUUUUGGACAGAGGAACACUUCACAGUGAAUCGGCCACGGUUUUGCAAUGCUACUUCAACAACAUCAAAUGAUUCGAAUUCCAGCAAUGUUGUCAGAGAUGCAAUGGUCAUUUCAGAGCUGGAACCUGGGGAAGUCAACAUAGACGUGUGUGAGACCAAAGCCGGCACAAAGGCGGAAAACAAUGUAUGCCAUGGAAGUUCCAGUGGAGCAAAUGGAAAAUCAGCAGUUUCUCCCAAAGUUUCAAGCACCAACGCUGGUAUAUCGUCUAUUAAAAUGCUGACAUUUGAUAUUUCAAUGGUGAAGAAUAGCAAGCGGCCAGCAGACCUUGGAAGCUGUGUAAAGGAUGGUUCGAAAGAACUGCCAUCUCCAAUCGAAUCCAAAAGGCCAUGCUGCUCAGUGGCGUCCACAGGCAAAGUCAGGGAAGUAGAUUCAUUCCUUGGCUUUCAGAGCGUCUUUUCAUUUCUCUGA